CGGGCUUCAGGGGCCGCCUCACCUGGGCUGGUCGGCGCCCCCGGCGCCCCCGGCGCGCCCGGAGCCCAGGGCCUGCGGAGGCCGCGGGGGCUGCGCCCCCAACGUUCUGUGCUCGCUAUGUUGCCCUUUGGACACCAAAGAAGAGAAAUGGUCAAUGCCUGGUUCGCUGAGAGAGUCCACACCAUCCCUGUGUGUAAAGAAGGCAUCAGAGGCCACGCAGAAUCUUGCUCUUGCUCCUCGCAGCAGAGUUCCCGUGCAGACAGCAGUGCGCCUGGCACACCAACCAGGAAAAUCUCUGCCUCUGAAUUUGACCGGCCUCUUAGACCCAUUGUCGUCAAAGAUUCUGAGGGUACUGUGAGCUUCCUCGCUGACUCAGAAAAGAAGGAACAGAUGCCUCUAACCCCCCCAAGGUUUGAUAAUGAUGAAGGGGACCAGUGCUCGAGACUCUUGGAAUUAGUGAAAGAUAUUUCUAGUCAUUUGGAUGUCACAGCCUUAUGUCAUAAAAUUUUCUUGCAUAUUCAUGGACUUAUCUCCGCUGAUCGCUAUUCCCUGUUUCUUGUCUGUGAGGACAGCUCCAAUGACAAGUUUCUUAUCAGCCGCCUGUUUGAUGUUGCAGAAGGUUCAACACUGGAAGAAGCUUCAAAUAACUGUAUCCGCUUAGAAUGGAACAAAGGCAUUGUGGGACAUGUGGCAGCACUUGGUGAGCCCUUGAACAUCAAAGAUGCUUAUGAGGAUCCUCGGUUCAAUGCAGAAGUUGACCAAAUUACAGGUUACAAGACACAGAGUAUUCUUUGUAUGCCAAUUAAGAAUCAUAGGGAAGAGGUUGUUGGUGUAGCCCAGGCCAUCAACAAGAAAUCAGGAAAUGGUGGGACAUUCACUGAAAAAGAUGAAAAGGACUUUGCUGCUUAUUUGGCAUUUUGUGGUAUUGUUCUUCAUAAUGCUCAACUCUAUGAGACUUCACUGCUGGAGAACAAGAGAAAUCAGGUGCUGCUUGACCUUGCUAGCUUAAUUUUUGAAGAACAACAAUCAUUAGAAGUAAUUCUAAAGAAAAUAGCUGCCACUAUUAUCUCUUUCAUGCAGGUGCAGAAAUGCACCAUUUUCAUAGUGGAUGAAGAUUGCUCCGAUUCUUUUUCUAGCGUCUUUCACAUGGAAUGUGAGGAAUUAGAAAAAUUGCCAGAUACGUUAACAAGGGAACGUGAUGCAAACAGAAUCAAUUACAUGUAUGCUCAGUAUGUCAAAAAUACUAUGGAACCACUUAAUAUCCCAGAUGUCAGUAAGGACAAAAGAUUUCCCUGGACAAAUGAAAACACAGGAAAUGUAAACCAGCAAUGCAUUAGAAGUUUGCUUUGUACUCCUAUAAAAAAUGGAAAGAAGAAUAAAGUGAUAGGGGUUUGCCAACUUGUUAAUAAGAUGGAGGAGAAUACUGGCAAGGUUAAGCCUUUCAACCGAAAUGAUGAACAGUUUCUGGAGGCUUUUGUCAUCUUUUGCGGCUUGGGGAUCCAGAACACACAGAUGUAUGAAGCAGUGGAGAGAGCCAUGGCCAAGCAGAUGGUCACACUGGAGGUUCUAUCCUACCAUGCUUCAGCAGCAGAGGAGGAAACAAAAGAGCUCCAAUCCUUGGCGGCUGCUGUGGUACCAUCUGCUCAGACGCUUAAAAUUACUGACUUCAGCUUCAGUGACUUUGAGCUGUCUGACCUAGAAACAGCACUGUGCACAAUUCGGAUGUUCACUGACCUCAACCUUGUGCAGAACUUCCAGAUGAAACAUGAGGUUCUUUGCAGGUGGAUUUUAAGUGUUAAGAAGAAUUACAGGAAGAAUGUUGCCUAUCAUAAUUGGAGACACGCCUUUAAUACAGCUCAGUGCAUGUUUGCUGCUUUAAAGGCCGGCAAGAUUCAGAACAAGCUGACUGACCUGGAGAUACUUGCCCUGCUGAUUGCUGCUCUCAGCCACGACUUGGACCACCGUGGUGUGAAUAACUCUUAUAUACAGCGAAGUGAACACCCACUUGCUCAACUCUACUGCCAUUCAAUCAUGGAGCAUCAUCAUUUUGACCAGUGCCUGAUGAUUCUUAAUAGUCCAGGCAAUCAGAUUCUCAGUGGCCUCUCCAUUGAAGAAUAUAAGACCACGCUGAAAAUAAUCAAGCAAGCUAUUUUAGCCACAGACCUAGCAUUGUACAUUAAGAGACGAGGAGAAUUUUUUGAACUUAUAAGAAAAAAUCAAUUCAACUUGGAAGAUCCUCAUCAAAAAGAGUUGUUUUUAGCGAUGCUGAUGACAGCUUGUGACCUGUCUGCCAUUACAAAACCGUGGCCUAUUCAACAACGGAUAGCAGAACUUGUAGCAACUGAAUUUUUUGACCAAGGAGACAGAGAGAGAAAAGAACUCAACAUAGAGCCUGCUGAUCUAAUGAACAGGGAGAAGAAAAACAAAAUCCCAAGUAUGCAAGUUGGGUUCAUAGAUGCCAUCUGCUUGCAACUAUAUGAGGCUCUGACCCACGUAUCAGAGGACUGCUUCCCUUUGCUGGAUGGCUGCAGAAAGAACAGGCAAAAAUGGCAGGCCCUAGCAGAACAGCAGGAGAAAACGCUGAUUAAUGGGGAAAGCAGCCAGGCCAAGCGGAACUGAGUGGCCUAUUUACGUGGAGUUGAAGUUUACAGAUGGUGUAUCUGCAGGAUGUCUAAUUUUGCUAUACACUGUACAGAUUUAGUAUAUACUUUGCCACUGCUGUAUUUUUAUUUUUGCACAACUUUUAAGAGCACAGCAUGAAACGUUUUUAGGGGACUAUUACAUAUUUUCUGUAUAUUUGUUUUAUGCCACUGAUCUGAGAUUAUUGGCACCACCCACUCUUAGCACACAGAUGAGAGCUCUGUGAUACUUUGUGUACUGCAAAGUGCAAGUUAAGUUCUUGCACUGAGGUAGGUUUUUGUUGUUUUGUUUUUUGGGUUUUGGGGGUUUGCUUUUUUGUUUUUUGCUUGGGGAUUUUAAAUAAUUGGUUUUGUGUUUUCUGAAUUACCAAUCUUCUAAAGAAUGUUUGGAAUCUUUUCAUUCUCAAAAAUAGUCUAGGAGCAAAUUGAAUGUAUUCUGUGACAUUUAAAACCAUCAUAGUUAGAGAAAAGUGCUGGCUUAGUGGAUUUUACAGGGAAAGGAUAGUAUUUGUCAACAGUUGUAUUACCUUAACAAAAAAAAGUCAAAACUCUGCAACAAUUGGAAAGUACUCUAAGGCAGUACUGUAAAGAAAAGGUAUUGUUUAAUCAAUUUGCUGUUUUUGUUUGAGAGCAGGAAGGGGAGAACUCUUUCAUUUCAGUACUUACAUCUAUCCAGAGACUAACCGUAAGUCAUUUCAGUAUACACUGCCUGAUGGAAAGCAGGGGAAGCCUUAGAAGACAAUGAUUUCAUGGACUUCAUGGUCCCUGGCUUUAUGAGGGAGGGAUGGGGGUGUGAUCCGGAAAUGGAAUGGCUGUAUCUGUCUCAGUGAAGAGAAAUAUUCUGUUGGAAGCCUCUCUGAGAGUCCGUGUUUUGAAUAUUGAACUUCCUUUUUAAAAUAACUUCCUUAUCCUUUUUCUUACAAGCCAUAGUUUAUGAGUGAACAGUUUAGGUCUCAACAGAAAACUGAGGAAAAUAUGAUAAUUGGAGCAUUGACUUGAGGUGAGAUACGACUGCAGAUAAAAGGUAAAAUGAAUCAUCAUUUUUCUUUGUCAGAGCAAGUAUAGAGAAUAGUUUUAACUGUAUAAACAGCAAAGGACUAUCCUGCUAUUGGGGUCAAAAAUUAAAGUGAGAGAGCAGGAAGGUAAGAAGGCUUAGCCCUGAAUUAAACGUAAGAGUACUGAGUUUGCAAUUGAGAAACUGCCCUUUUUUCAGUUCAUAGGACUGGUCAGCUCAGUAUCACGGAAGUUUGGGUGUGUAUACUAAAUGCUUACCCUGAGCCAUAUAGUUGUUGAUACUUACUUCUCAUAGAUUUUAAUUUUAGCACAUAUAGAAAAUGCUAACAUUGUCUUAGAUUUGAGCCUGUUUGAGUGGAUUCCCAUUGAUCGUGUGUACCCUAAAUACCAAUUUAUUCAUUAUUGGAGAAGUAGAUAGUGAAUCUAGCAACUGGUUCAGGAAAGGAAAAUCUAUUCCAAAUAUAUGCUAAUGUUUGGACUCAGGGAAAGUAGGAAGAGAGCUGUUUGUGUGAUUUGUUAACCACCCAUGCCAAAAAAAAUGUUUCUGAGUUUCAGUCACUAAAUUGGGUGGAGAAUU